CAUUUCUGACAGAUGAAUUUUAACAGUUCAGCAAUAUUCGAAUUCGAGUAGAAUGAUUUGUGUUUACAAUAAAAAAAUAAUCAUUUAACGUAAUUUAUUAUUAAAGUAGGCGCUUAUUUCAAAUGACAAAUCGCAACCAAAAUUCUGAGGUUCUUUUAACCUAUGAAAACAUACAAAUUACCGAAGAUGAUUUAAAAUGUUUGAAAGCGUCCAAAUAUUUCAAUGAUAAAAUCAUAAAUUUUUACUUGAAAUACAUGUAUCGCACGUUAUUGACUGUCGAACAACAAAGUAAGGUGCAUAUAUUUGAUAGUUUUUUUGCUGAAGCAUUAGAUCAAAUGGAUGAAAGCCGCACAAUUCGAUGGUUGAGACGCGUCAAUAUAUUUGAAAAGGACUACCUAUUGAUUCCAGUUAAUGUCGACGAACAUUGGUUUAUCAUGGUCAUUUGCUAUCCGAUGAAUGUAGGAUUUUGUCAUAGCUCAGUACUUCAUCGACCUCGAAUACUCACACUGGACUCAAUGCCACAUCAUUCCCAAGACAAAAUGAAAACAUUGAUACGACUUGUACACAAUUUCAUACGAUGCGCCUGUGUAGUUCAGCUGAACAUGACAGCGGAACAAAUUGGAAAUCUAUCGAUACGAAUGCAAAAUGUGAACGUUGAUGUAAAAGAACAAUCAAACAAUUUCGAUUGUGGCAUUCAUCUGCUGCUGAAUGCAGAAAAAUUUUUGAUUGACUCAUUCGGGAUAUCGGAAAAUGUCGCCAAUGCAGGCGUGGAAUUUCGGUUAAGUCAGGCCCGAGCAAAACGACCUGCCAUACGAAACCUUAUCAGACGACUCAUUGAAGCAACUGAAAUUGAAAAUGCCGUGUCAAAACCUUCGAUUGCAUGAUAUAAAAGAUUCAAACGUUUACGUCAUUAAAACUUCUUUAAAUGUAAUUUAUUAUACUUAAGCAAAAAAAAAAAGAAGGAAAAUACAUGAAGUAUGCAAUAAUUUGAUCAAAA